AUGGAUCUCGUAAAAUUGAAAUCAGUCCAAUCGGGGAACAGAAGCGCUGUUACCAGAUUAUUCCGAAGAUUAGAUGAAGUAAAGGAGAAUUCGAAUUUCGACGAAGAAGAAGUUAUUGCAACUCUCGGAAAACUAGUGCAAAAACAAACAUUGUUUGAGGACUUAAACGAACAAAUUAUUAAGUUAACAGAACCGGGAGAUGUGGAAAAUGAGAUAGUGGAUUCAGAUGAAUAUUCAGUGGAUAUGGAAACAAAGAUUCGCCACAUACGUAAGUUUAUACAAAAUGUCCAAACACCACAGUCCCGUCAUAUUGAUUCACAUACAAAAACCCACACAUUAAAUCCAGAAACUAUACCGUUUGUACCAACGCACAACAUAGCCAACCCACACAACGCACAGUCGUUUGAGAACCCGUCUGUACAAGCCAGUCAUACGUUCAACACACAGCAAAGUUCAUUUUCGUCAGCUAGUAGUCACCGCCUACCCAAACUUUCGCUUCCAAUAUUCUUAGGGAACAUCUUAGAAUGGCAAACUUUCUGGGACUCAUAUGAGUCGGCCGUACACCUUAACUUGUCACUUACAAAUGUACAAAAAUUCAAUUACUUGAAAGCACAGCUAGAACAUGAAGCACUAGAUUCUAUAGCGGGGUUCGCACUUACAAAUGUAAACUAUGAUGAAGCCGUAAAUCUAUUAAAAGAGAGGUUCGGUCAACAAGACAAAAUCAUAAAUGCAUACAUGCAGGCAUUAUUAGAAAUCCCUUCAUCUAGAAAUCAGCUAACAAGCUUACGAAGUUUUUACGAUAAAAUGGAAAGUUACGUCAGGGGAUUAGAAGCUCUAGGUCAGACACAAGAAACAUACGGCACUCUACUUGUUCCAAUUAUUAUGAAGAAAUUACCCGGGGAAGUCAGACAACAUCUCGCACGAGAACACAGAAUACAAACUUGGGUAUUACGGGACCUCCGUAAAAGCAUUUUAGAUGAGAUCAAUAUAAUGGACGCAGGACAAGAAAUAGAGUCAUCACACCUUUUGCCCACAACAUCAGCUUUCUUUGCAGGAGCGAAAUCGGCAAAGUCCAAACCUUACAAGAAUAUUGAGACAAGACCUUGCGUUUUCUGUCAUGAAGUACACGCACCUACUUAUUGCAGUAAUAUGACCGACACGGAAUCCCGCAUGGACGUAGUAAAACGAGAUAAGUUAUGCUUUAACUGCCUUGGUAACCACAGACUUAACGAAUGUAAAUCUGAGAAUACAUGUAGAUAUUGUAACAGAAAACACCAUACAAGCUUAUGUAAUGCCCACAAAUCAAACGACAUAAAACCAGGUAAUGAAGAAAGCGAUAGAAAUGGAGGUAAUACUUCAACGCAUACGAACUUCCGCGCAAAUGAUAACCAGAGUAGCAGCCCGCUAAACCCGCCAAACCCGCCAUCUUUGAAUUCGACAAACGUUCACCUGGUAAAAGAUAGUCAUACAACGGAACACGAUACUACCAUUUUGUAUUCAAAAUGGAAUGAAUCACGAUCAAAUGUACUGUUGAAAACCGCCGUAGCACAAGUUGGAGCGAACCAACACUUUAUGGAUACGAACAUUCUCCUUGACGAAGGAGCACAAAGAUCGUUUUUAACGCAGGAAGUAGCGAAUAAACUUCACUUACAGAUAGAGGGAACAGAAAUUACACAGUUAUCGGCAUUUGAAGGUAAAGAGAAAACCGUGAGACACUUAGAAAACACAAGUCUACCUGAAAACCGAUGCAGGACACGUAAUGCCAAUCAAAGUACUGAUAGUACCUUUAAUCGCUAUGCCUCUACAAAAUCAAAUGAGUAA